AUGAGCACUUUAACUGUACAUGAAUCAAAUCAAAAUUCCAAGACUUGGCAUCGCUUCUCAUAAGUUUAUUUUCAUAUUCACUCAAGAUGCAUUUCGUAACGUGGAUUUUGCUGACAAUUCUGUUUGUUUUCAAAGAAGUCUCAUCGCAAGACUCCAAUGUUACAGCCGGACAUUCCACAUUAUCAGAUAUUGUUCACAAAGAUGAAGCAAAAACUGCUACACAUUCGCCAUGUCAUAGUCAUAUCCACGUCUCCAUGGAACACGACAUCACCAAAGCUUUAGAUCGUUGUAUAGCAAAUAUGUUCGAUAGUGCUGACUCAGACACAGUGUUCAAUUUACUAUGGGAGAUGAGUAAAUACAAAAUGGAUGAAUUUGAAUACAAAAUGGAUUUCAAAAGUAAACAUAUCAAGCACGAGGUUGUGUUUCGUGAUAUCACCUUUAUCUUAAUUAGCUGCGUGGUCCCGUUAGUCGAAUGGGAUUUCAGCAAAAGGAACUUGCAAAUAUCAUUCGAGAAACUCGUUUUCAACGUCAAAGGAGCAUUACAAGACGAAAGUACCAAAGUGCUUUCUAUUCACGUCACUAUGCAAUUGUUAAACGUCACCAUGAAUAUUUUUGAAUCGCCGGAAAAUCGAAAUCAAACACAAUUAACAAUGAAAUACGAUUCUUUCAUCAUGUCGCAUGAUUUACUCCGCAAAUGUUUCUGGACCGCGUACGAUGCUGAAAAAAAUGUUUUACCCGAUGAAGAGAAAAGUGACCUGGAUAGAGUGAUUUUAGAAGCCCUGCCUUCGAUGUUACUCGAACACCUGAAUCGUUACCAAAUUUUCGAUUCCAUUUUCAACUCGUAUGAUCAAGCCAAAUACCAAAUCACUUCGAUGUAUUCCGAUAGCGUCGAUUCUCAAAACAAAUUUUACUACUUUAUACCAAGAAUACCCUUUUUCUGUUUCCAUUUGAAAAAGAUUAUUAUUAAAGGGUUGAUGAAUUUCCAAAUGGUUCACGUGUACGAUAAACUUCAGUCUUUUACGCAUACGUUGCUGAUUGAGAAUGUCGAGGGAAGAAUGAUUUUGGAUUAUGGACGACCCGGAGAGACACCCAUGAAAUUGAACUUUAAAACGGAUUAUCUUACGAUAUCGAUAAACAAGAAUACGAGAUGUGUUAGCGUGAAUGCCAGAUAUUAUUACGUUAAUGGGACAGAUGGACUUUUAACGUAUCGUCAAUCGCCACUGAUGAUGAACACGAUCGAAACAGCUAUUGCGUCUUAUAUUAUGUCAUCGAUGAAAGUUGAAAGAACAUACGAUGUCAAGAUACUUGAACAACAAAUCCAAAUCCAAGCGAUAUCUGAUUGGCCCACGAUGAGACGCAAGUACCAAGAGUGGAUCCCAUUCAAUAACGAUGGUACCGAAAUGAAAAAUUCAGUUCACGAAAACAACAGUAUUACUGCUUAAUGUUCACAUACCUUAAAGACGUAUCUGCGUCGAUCGAAGGAAAAUUACGAGAUGUUGUAUUCUACAAAAGUACAGGAUUUUAUAAACACUCACCUAGAACAGAACAAUAAACAGAUUCGGUUAGGUACUUCAAUAUUUCAUAAGAAUUUUAUAAAUAAAAAAUAAUACAAAUCA